AUGGACUCCCCCGCCGUCACCCGCCUCUUCCGUGAGCUCUUCCGCCGGCCCGCAUGUCAAUCCCGCCGGCAUUGCACGGCUGCCACCGCCGCACUCCCGGCUCUGAGCCAACGUCGUCCUCAUCCUCACAACCCUCACCACAAGACCGCCGCAGCUACAACACGACCACCGACGGGCAUCAAUGGCUCGUCCACGUCGCAACAGCGGAGGGAAUACGCCGUGAAGACGUCUGCCGAGAAACAGGAUAAGAGAAACGAGUCCAAGUGGCAGCAGCGGACGUCCCUCUUCCCGAACGACCGCGCCGACGAGUUCGACACCUACCCGACGCUCAGCUCCCGCGACCUGGCCGCCCGCUCAACCCGCCCGCGCAAGGUCAAAAUGCUCACCCGUGACUUCAUCGAGGACAGCCUCUACAACCCGGCCUACGGCUACUUCUCCACGCAGGCCGUCAUCUUUUCCCCCGGUCAGCCCUUCGACUUCCCUGCCUUCCGCGAUGAGCCGCAUUUCUACCGCGAGCUGGGCCAGCGGUACACCGAGUUUGAGGACGAGCUCGACAACAAGGAGGGGGUUAACGACGCCCGCCCGCUCUGGCACACGCCCACCGAACUGUUCCGCCCAUACUACGGCGAGGCUAUCGCCCGCUACCUGGUCUCCAACUACCGCCUGACGACGUACCCCUACCAUGACCUCAUCAUCUACGAGAUGGGCGCCGGUCGUGGCACACUCAUGCUCAACAUCCUCGACUACAUCCGCGACAUAGACCCCCAAGUCUACGCCCGCACCCAGUACCGUAUCAUCGAGAUUUCCCCGGCACUCGCCUCACUGCAGCGCCACCACCUCCUCUCUACCGCCGACUCGCGCGGCCACGCCUCCAAGGUCGAGAUCAUCAACAAGUCCAUCUUCUCCUGGUCCGAGCGCGUGCCCUCGCCAUGCUUCUUCCUCGCCAUGGAGGUCUUUGACAACUUCUCCCACGACUGCGUGCGCUACGACCUCGCCACCGAGGAGCCCCUUCAAGGCUCCGUCCUCGUCGAUGCCGACAACGACCUGUACGAGUUCUACUCCCCGGACCUUGACCCGGUCCUCGCCCGCUUCCUCCGCGUCCGCCACGCCGCCACGGGAGGCCGCUACCCGACCCCUUAUCCAGCGAACCGCAUGCUGCGCAACCUCAAGUCGCGCAUGCCCAUGAUGCCAAACCUCUCGGAGCCCGAGUACAUACCCACCCGCCUAAUGCAGUUCUUCGACGUGCUGGAGAAGUACUUCCCUGCCCACCGUCUCGUCACGAGCGACUUCCACUCCCUGCCAGACGCCAUCCCCGGCCUCAACGCACCCGUGGUACAGACGCGGUACGAGCGUAAGACGGUGCCCGUAACUACGCCUUUGGUUCACCAGGGCUACUUUGACAUCAUGUUCCCGACAGAUUUCCAAACCAUGGAGGUCAUGUACCAGGCCAUCACGGGCAAGCUCACGAGGCUCACAUCUCAUGGUGACUUUAUGAAGCGCUGGGCUUUCCUUGAGGACACCCAGACCCGCAGCGGGGAGAACCCUCUGCUCAGCUACUACGAGAACGCCAGCGUGCUGGUCACCGUAUAA